AUGGUGGAAAGGAUAAACGAAGGGUUAACGAAUCCAGCAGACAUUGAAUAUGUUUCGAAAAAUUGCUUGGAGAAAGAUCUAUUAAUUAUGAAGAGUGUAAAAGGAAUCACUGGUGAUGGUGGAAUUUUCGCCCCUGUUUCAAUAUGGUCUAGAAAAAGAAAGGUGAUUAUUCCUGCGUUUAGCCCCAAAAUACUCAAUAGUUUUAUGGAUAUAUUUUCUCGAAGAUGUGCGGAUCUUGUUGAUAAACUUAAGGACUUGAGUGGCACCGGUACAUUCGAUAUUUCGCCUAUUAUCAACAAUUUCACAUUAGCGUCAAUAGCUGAAACAUCAUUGGGUAUAAGGAAUCUAGGUGGAAUGAAUGAUGUAGUUGUAUCAGACUUUCUUGAAUCCGUUGAAAAGGUUUUUAAACUGGCUUCAAACAGAACAUUUUCCAUUAUACGAAAAAAACGCAAUGAAUUAAAACAUGUUGAUUUAGAUGCUUACGAAAAUCAAACAGUUUUUGGGCAAGACGAUAAAGUGGAUUCAUUUCUAGAUCAUCUUAUACUAUUAUCCCAGCGACAGAAUGGUUUCACAGACACAGAACUGCGUGAAGAAAUUACAACGUUUAUACUAGCUGCUACAGAUACAACGGCGAUUGCAAUUUGUAACACGCUUUUAUUAUUAGGAAAAUAUCCAAAAAUUCAGGAAAAAGUUCAUGAAGAAUUAGUACGUGUAUUUGAGAACGCCAAUGAAAAAUUAUUUAAAGACAUUUUAAAUGAUUUGAAAUAUCUGGAUAUGGUUUUGAAAGAGUCUCUUCGUCUUUAUCCACCUGUACCGAUGAUUACUCGGAAGGUAACUGAAGAAAUUAAACUACCAUCAUCUGGCUAUACUAUUCCUGUUCAAACUGGUUUAGUUAUUUCAAUUUGGGGUGCACAUCGUGACCCCAAUUACUGGGGGCCUGACGCUGAUUGCUUCAAACCGGAGAGAUUUAAAGCUGGAAGUAAAACUGGGCUCUUCAUUCCAUUUAGUACAGGACCAAGAAACUGCAUUGGUUACCAAUAUGCAAUGUUAACAGCGAAAAGUGUUAUUGCUUCAGUUCUACAUCAAUUUAAAGUUGUCGCUGAAGAAGAAGAUGGUCCAAUUCCUAAAAUUGAAUGUAAAUUCUCUCUGAUGUUAAAAGCUAAGCAUGGUUAUCCUAUCAAAUUAGAACUUAGAUAA